ACAAAAAUAAAAAUAAAAAAUAAAAGGAGUGCAUCAUAUUCUCUUCUUUACUUUUCAAUCGGACCGAAUCAAUAAUGGCUUCUCAACUCCUCAGACGCGCUUUUGGAAGCCGGUCCUCUUCUCAGAUCGGUGCGGCGGCGGCGGCUAGGGCUUUGUUCUCCACUUCCACUCCGAUCACAGCCACUCUCUUUCCCGGCGAUGGUAUCGGCCCUGAGAUCGCCGAGUCCGUCAAACAGGUUUUUAAAGAAGCUGAGGUGCCAAUUGAGUGGGAAGAACACUAUGUUGGGGAUCAGAUAGAUCCUAGAACUCAGAGUUUCCUAACAUGGGAGAGUUUGGAGUCAGUUCGGAGAAAUAGAGUAGGCUUGAAAGGGCCAAUGGCCACACCAAUUGGAAAAGGCCAUCGGUCUUUGAAUCUCACUCUAAGGAAAGAGCUUAAUUUGUAUGCCAAUGUCAGGCCUUGCUACAGUCUUCCAGGUUAUAAAACCCGCUACGAUGAUGUUAAUCUUAUUACUAUUCGUGAAAAUACAGAAGGGGAAUACAGUGGACUUGAACAUCAAGUGGUGAGAGGUGUUGUGGAAAGUCUCAAAAUUAUUACACGCCAGGCAAGUUUGAGGGUGGCUGAGUAUGCUUUUCACUAUGCGAAGACUCAUGGUCGAGAAAGAGUGUCUGCAAUACACAAGGCAAAUAUUAUGCAGAAAACUGAUGGUCUGUUUCUUAAGUGCUGUCGUGAGGUAGCAGAGAAGUAUCCAGAGAUAAAAUAUGAGGAAGUUGUUAUUGACAACUGCUGUAUGAUGCUUGUGAAGAAUCCAGCACUUUUUGAUGUAUUGGUGAUGCCCAAUCUCUACGGUGACAUUAUCAGUGACCUUUGUGCAGGGUUGAUUGGUGGUUUGGGAUUAACACCAAGCUGCAAUAUUGGCGAAGGAGGCAUUGCUCUUGCUGAAGCUGUACAUGGUUCAGCACCUGAUAUUGCCGGGAAGAAUUUGGCGAAUCCCACAGCCUUGAUGUUAAGUUCCGUCACCAUGUUGCGCCAUUUAGAGCUCCAUGACAAGGCGGAUAGGAUCCAGAGUGCUAUCCUCGACACAAUUUCUGAGGGAAAGUACCGAACUGCGGACCUUGGCGGCAGUUCAUCUACAACUGAUUUUACAAAAGCAAUAUGUGAUCAUCUUUAAAGAAUCCUCCGGAGAAAUCUAAUUUUGCAUUGUUUUGAACAAAAUAGUUCACUUUUCUUUUCCAGAGCCAUGUUUUAAACCGCUUUUUAGUUGUUCCAGAAGGGGAAAUAAGACCACAUCACGAUGAUGGUUGUAUAGAAGCUCGUUGAAUUGCUGUUCUAAACAUAGAGGAGCUGGAUAUGUUAAAUACUAGCCCGAUCUUCAUGCUCCCAACCUAUUUAAUUAUCCGAAAUGAGCAAAUGAUUUGGAUUUGGAUUUGUUAAAAAGGGCUGAAAUUUCUUUGCUGUA